AUGAGUGGUGGCGUAUAUGGCGGAGAUGAAGUAGGAGCAUUGGUAUUUGAUAUUGGCUCUUUCUCCACCAGAGCAGGAUAUGCUGGAGAGGACUGUCCUAAAGCAGAUUUUCCCACCUCCCUGGGUGUACAUGUUGAAGAGGAGGGGUCUGGAGAGAUGGGGACUGAGCAAGAGACCGCAGCUGGGAGAACCUUCUACCUGGACACAACUGCUCUUCAUGUUCCUCGAGCUGGGGUGGAGCUGAUAUCGCCAUUAAAAAACGGCAUGAUUGAGGAUUGGGAGGCAUUUCAGGCCAUAGUGGAUCAUGUCUACUGUAAACAUAUUAAAUCAGAGCCAAGUCUGCAUCCUGUUCUAAUGUCUGAGGCACCGUGGAACUCGCGGGCUAAGAGGGAGAAGUUGACUGAGCUGAUGUUUGAGCAUUACAACAUCCCUGCUUUCUUCCUCUGCAAGACUGCUGUUCUUACAGCCUUUGCUAAUGGUCGUGCGACAGGUCUAGUGCUAGACAGUGGAGCAACACACACCACAGCCAUUCCUGUGCAUGAUGGGUACGUCCUGCAGCAAGGUAUAGUGAAGUCUCCUUUGGCGGGUGACUUUAUCACCAUGCAGUGCAGAGAGCUGUUUCAAGAGAUGAAUAUUGAUAUCAUUCCACCGUACAUGAUCGCCUCUAAGGAGCUGGUGAGAGAAGGUGCCCCUCCAAAUUGGACUAAGAAAGACAAACUGCCUCCUGUCACCAAGUCCUGGCACACCUACAUGUGCAAUGAAGUGAUACAGGACUUCCAGGCAUCUGUUCUCCAGGUGUCUGACUCCCCAUAUGAUGAACAGGUAGCAGCCCAGAUGCCUACUCUUCACUAUGAGAUGCCCAGUGGUUACACCACUGAUUAUGGAGCUGAGAGACUACGUAUCCCAGAAGGCCUCUUUGACCCAUCUAACGUAAAGGGUCUUUCUGGUAAUACCAUGCUAGGGGUGGGACACGUGGUCACUACCAGUAUCGGCAUGUGUGACAUCGACAUUCGUCCAGGUCUGUACAGCAGUGUAAUUGUUACAGGGGGCAACACUUUGCUGCAAGGUUUUACUGAGAGACUUAAUAGAGAACUGUCACAGAAAGCACCACCAAGUAUGAGGCUAAAGCUAAUUGCAAGUAACAGCUCUAUGGAGCGCCGUUUCAGCCCUUGGAUUGGAGGGUCUAUAUUGGCUUCACUGGGCACCUUCCAACAAAUGUGGAUCUCCAAACAAGAGUAUGAGGAGGGAGGCAAGCAGAGUGUGGAGAGGAAAUGUCCCUGA